AUGGGAACCAAAUCAGUAGGAAAUAAAGAGCUUUCUGUGGAAAGGAAAAUGGUAGAAAGAGCUUGGAUUGAACCAAAGCAUGAAGCAACUGAGCUGAAAGUUCCGGUAAUAUACUACCUUUCCCGUAAUGGCCAGCUUGAGCAUCCACAUCUCAUGGAGGUUCCAAUCUCUUCAUCACAUGGAAAGCUAUGUCUGAAAGAUGUGAUAAAUAGAUUGAGUUUCCUCCGUGGACAAGGAAUGGCCAACAUGUAUGCUUGGUCAACAAAAAGGAGUUACAAGAACGGGUUUGUGUGGCAAGAUUUGUCUGAGAAUGAUUUCAUUUACCCAAGUAGUGGUCAUGAGUAUGUCCUCAAAGGAACACAACUCAUAGAAACCUCUUUGAGCUUUCAAUCCUAUGUAGCAACAUCAACACCAAGCUCCAAAAGUUCCACUGAAACGAACAGUUCUAGCACAGAUGCAGACUCCCCAACCACCAUGAAGCUGUGGAACCAGUCAUUUAGCUCGUGUGAUUACAAGCUUUACAAGGCAAAGACAUGCAGGGAGAUUGGGGGGAAAGCUACUAAUGCUUCAACUCAGACUGAGGAUAAGAGUAGGGAAAGGAUAAAAAUGGAUCAAGUUGAAGAGUGUGAGGGGAAUGAUGCAAGGGAGUUCAGUGAGAACGGAGGGUCUUUGCUAUUUGCUAUUUCUAGUGUUGGAGCUUCGGAAGGGUCUUUGGAGGGUUGUGCAUCAGCAGAUAUCAGAAGCCAGAGGGUAGAGAAUGAACGUCCAAGUGGGAGGAUGAAGGCUUCAGAAGUUUUGAUGCAGUUCAUCAGGUUUGAGGUGCAUGAUCUUUGUCUGGAGCAAGUGCUUUUCAAUUUGCACAAUGCUGUAUCAACUCAACUUGAUAAAUAUGAACAAAGUUGUCCCAAGAGUGUAUUCCAAGUAAGGGAAGACUUGGGUUCUGCAACUAAAACAUCAUUUGGGAAUGGAUUUGCACCCACCAGUUAG